CGAGCUUCCAAUUAUCAACCCAACCCACACAUUACUAGGGAAAAGAUGACGAAUCCUCGGCAUGCAAGAGCGAUGUGUAAUCCUCUUGCCGCUCGUAUAAAAACCGACAUGGAAUUGAAUUGGCUCCAAUCGUCUACCUUGAACCAUGGAUGUAUCCCAUUCAGUGGAAUUGAACAAUGGUGACUCAAUUCCGGUGCUUGGGUUGGGUGUUUGGACUGGAAUAGAUCCUGAAGCACAGCGUGCGUCCGUUCCGUGGAUACAGACAGCUAUCAAGGCCGGCUACAGGCACUUUGAUACAGCAUUGAUCUACGGUACGGAACAACCCCUGGGGGAGGCUAUACGCAAGUCUGGUAUUCCGCGGGAAGAAUUCUUUAUUUGUACAAAGUUUCCAUGGAAUUAUCAUGGUCGAAUCGUAGAGUCAUUGAACGAAAGCCUGGAGAGUCUGGGAAUGACCUAUGUAGAUUUGUUUUUGAUGCACUGGCCCCAAUAUGUUGUCUAUGAGAAGGACAACUUUCUCCCGCGGAAUCCCGACGGGACAGUCCGUGUCACUGACGAACGGAAUUUCAACCAAUCAUGGGAGGUGAUGGAGAAAUUACUGGAGACGGGCAAGUGCAAGGCGAUUGGUGUCAGCAACUUUUCCAUUAAGACAUUGGAAAAGCUGUUCACGGUGGCCAAGAUCAUACCUGCAGUGAAUCAGAUCGAGUUGCAUCCGUAUCUCGUACAAGAAGAUCUUGUGCAAUAUUGCCAAAAGAAGGGUAUUGUUGUCGUCGCGUACACUCCUACAGGUAUGGAUGUCGUCAGGAAGGACCCGGUUAUCAUUGAGCUGGCGGCGAAAUACAAUGCCACGCCGACGCAAAUUAUCUUGGCGUGGCAUCUAGCACGAGGCGUGGUUAUCAUUCCCAAGAGCGCAAAUGAGGGCCGACAGAAGGAGAACAUGAUCCUUCCGGUCUUGGACCCUAGCGACGUGGAGAAGAUAAGCGGGCUGGAUAGGAAUGAUAGAUUGACCAAUAAAACCAUGGAAGUGAAUGGGACGCUUUGGGGUUGGACGUAUGAGCAGAUGGGGUGGGCGUAGAUGUUGAAUUGGCAGAGUUUAUCUUGUCUACUGUCUGUAAGAUUAGACACCAGGACAGAUAAUCUGUUCCCUGAUUCCUACAUUCCAUUAUACGCCCGGCUUUAUUGUGCAGAACAUCACUUCCUUUCAAACUCCGAAAUUUAAAUUGAGAGCAAUCUCAGCUCAACCCACCCAACUCCUCGAAAGGUCCCAUUCAAUCAAGAACGACAUCAUACUAGCUGUUAUCGACUUCUUAACUAUUCGCAUGCCUAUAUGGUCC